AUGGGAAAAAAGAUUCGAAGCAGUGGAAAAAGCCAACGAAGGGAGAGGAGAAGUCGAAGAAAGCGGACCCGUCGAAGCAAACGAAGCAGCCAAUUCAUCCGUCGUGGGAAGCGCAGAAGGAAAACCGAGAGAAACAACGAUUGCACAUCGAUCUCUCGGCUCCAAAGGAAAACAAGAGUAUAAUAUUUGAAUAGUCCACUAGCUC